AUGGAAAGACAAGAAGAAUCAUGCAUUUACAAAACCCCAGACGCUCCAGUUGAGGCGCGUGUUCAAGACCUUCUCUCUCGAAUGACUUUGCCAGAGAAGAUCGGUCAGAUGACUCAGAUCGAACGCAGAGUCACUACUCAUGCUGUCAUUACAGAGUCCUUCAUUGGUAGUGUAACGAGUGGUGGAGGAAGUUGGCCGUUUGAGGAUGCUAAGCCGUCGGAUUGGGCGGAUAUGAUCGAUGGUUACCAAAACGCAGCGUUGGCGACUCGUUUGGGAAUCCCUAUUAUAUACGGCAUUGACGCCGUUCACGGCAACAACAACGUCUAUGGAGCCAUCAUCUUUCCCCACAAUAUUGGACUCGGAGCCACCAGAGACGCAGACUUGAUCAGAAGAAUUGGGGUUGCAACAGCACUUGAAGUAAGGGCCAUUGGCGCUAGCUGGACGUUUGCUCCAUGUGUGGCCGUUUUAAGAGAUCCGAGAUGGGGGAGAUCCUAUGAGAGUUACAGUGAAGAUCAUGAAAUUACAUGUGAGCUGACAAAGCUUGUCUCAGGCCUUCAAGGGGAGCCACCCAAGGAACACCCUAGUGGUUACCCUUUUCUUGGAGGAAGAAACAAUGUGGUCGCGUGUGCAAAACACUUCGUUGGAGAUGGUGGUACCGAUAAGGGCAUAAACGAAGGGAACACUACUGUGUCGUAUGAAGAGUUGGAGAGAAUACAUCUCGCUCCAUAUCUGAAAUGUAUUGCUCAGGGAGUGUCUACUGUUAUGGCCUCAUACUCUAGUUGGAACGGAAGUAAACUCCACUCUGAUUAUUUCCUCUUGACAGAGGUUCUCAAACAGAAACUUGGUUUCAAGGGAUUUGUCAUUUCAGAUUGGGAAGCUGUGGACCGGCUUACCAAGCCAAAGGGUUUAAACUUCCGCAACAGCCUCAAAAUCUCAAUCAAUGCUGGACUGGACAUGGUGAUGGUGCCCUUCAAGUACGAAAGGUUUAUAGAGGACCUCACAUCUCUGGUGGAGUCAGGGGAAGUAACGAUGGCUCGGAUUGAUGAUGCUGUUGAAAGAAUACUCAGAGUGAAGUUUGUAGCUGGUCUUUUCGAACAUCCACUCACAGACCGGUCUUUAUUGGAUACUGUUGGAUGCAAGGAACAUAGAGAAUUAGGGCGUGAAGCAGUUAGAAAGUCUUUAGUUCUGCUAAAGAACGGCAAAAAUGUUAAUAAACCAUUUCUGCCACUAGAUCGCAAUCCCAAAAGAAUUCUAGUCACUGGAACGCACGUGGAUGAUCUUGGAUACCAGUGUGGAGGAUGGACAAAGGCAUGGUUCGGUCUAAGCGGCAGGAUCACAAUCGGCACAACGCUUCUGGAUGCUAUUAAAGCAACAGUUGGAGACAAAACCGAAGUGAUCUUUGAAAAAACUCCUUCAGAAGAAACCUUAGCUUCGAGUGAAGGCUUCUCUUACGCAAUUGUUGCGGUCGGGGAAGCACCAUAUGCAGAGACGAGGGGAGAUAACUCGGAACAUAUAAUACCUUUCAACGGUAGCGAUAUUGUAACCGCGGUUGCAGAGAGAAUCCAAACUCUAAUGAUCUUGUUCUCAGGACGGCCUAUGGUUCUUGAGCCAAAGGUUCUUGAAAAGACGGAGGCUCUGAUUGCUGCUUGGCUACCUGGAAGCGAAGGGCAAGGGAUGGCUGAUGUCAUUUUUGGAGAUUAUGACUUUGAGGGGAUGUUACCAGUGAGCUGGUUCAAACGCGUUGAACAGUUGCCGCUAAACGCAGAUGCUGACUUGUAUGACCCUUUGUUUCCUAUUGGUUUCGGUCUCAAAUUAAAUUCCAGCGGGAAUUGA